AUGAAGCAUGCGGCAGUCCACGCCAAGGCUGAAUAUUUCAACUCCAAGUCCGGGCCUUCGGCUCGGCAGGAGGAAUCAGCACCAAAGAGCUAUCCUGGGCAGACUGACGACUAUUCGGCAGUUCACAAGCGAAAGGACGACCGUGAUAAUCGGCAAGGGAGCUCAAAGAAGGGGCGUGGGAAAUACGGUCGCAACGACCACCGAGCGCCACAACCGAAUCACGACUGCGCUCAGGAAGUCUUCACUAUGUUGAAUACUACAUAUGAGGCCGUCCUGAUGAACGAGCACGACCAAAUUCCAAAACCAGACUGA